GCACUUCACAAAUUAAUGACCAUGAGUUCGUUUUUGAUAAACUCCAACUACAUCGAGCCCAAAUUCCCUCCUUGCGAGGAAUAUUCGCAGCACGGCGGCGGCGGCGGCGGCGGCAGCAACUACCACCCUCAUCACCCCCCGCACCACCACCACCACCACCACCACCACCCCCAGCAGCAGCAGCAGCAGCACCUGCGCCAGCCACACCAGGCUCACCCGGGCCAGCCUCUCCCCGACUACUACCCGCGGCCGAGCAGAGAGCCCGGAUACCAGCCGCCGCCGCCGCCGCCGCCUCCUCCGCCGCCACCUCCUCUUCCCGAGGCGCUGUACCCCGCGCAGCCACCCCACUACCCCGAGUCGCCUUAUAGCUACGGCAGCCUCGGCGCCCCAGCGGGCCAGGACCAGCCACCGCCAGGGACCUCUCCUCCUCCUCCUCCUCCGCCAAACCCUCCGCCGCCGCCGCCUGCGCCUCCUGCCUUGAAAGGCCACCAUGGCCAGGCGCAGCCCCUGCUCCAAGGCCAAGUCCCUCCGCACCAGCACCAGCCUCCCCAGCGCCAUUGCGAAGCUGCAGCGGGGCCAGGCAGCGGGGGUAGCCCGGGGUGCCCCCUCGUGCCGGACAAGAGCCUCCCGGGCCUCAAGGGAAAGGAGCCGGUGGUGUACCCCUGGAUGAAGAAGAUCCACGUGAGCAGCGUCAACCCCAACUACAACGGAGGGGAGCCCAAAAGAUCCCGAACUGCAUAUACGAGACAGCAAGUCCUGGAGCUGGAGAAGGAGUUCCAUUUUAACCGCUACCUAACCAGGAGGCGACGCAUCGAGAUCGCCCACACGCUCUGCCUCUCUGAGCGCCAGGUGAAGAUUUGGUUUCAGAACCGAAGGAUGAAAUGGAAGAAAGACCACAAACUGCCCAACACCAAGAUGCGCUCCUCCAACCCCUCCAGCCUCAACCAGCAAGCCAAAGCACCGGCGCAGCAGCAGCCGCCGCCACGGGGGAGGCUGACCCCCAACUCCACCGCGCUAUGAUGGCUCCUCAUAGGCAAGGGACCCACGCCUUUGGGGGGCUUACCCCAGGGACCAAACGAUUGUGUGGAAGGGGAGAUAACAAUUAGCGCCUGUCCAAAGGGCGUUCAAACCAAAAAAACUGAACAGCGCGCUUACGUCUCUACCUGUGCUUUAUUCCCGCCACGUUUGUUUGUAUUUUUUAAUUUAUGGAAUAGAUCGUCUUCCUGCAGCAUUAAAGAAUUGUGGGUGGAUCUUGUACCUAAGAAGGACCCUUUGUGUAUAUACUUUCAGGAGUCAAUAAUGUUUAUAAGUGACCUUGUGAGAGGUGUGUGUGAACCAUAGGCCUGUGACGUUCCCUGGAAUGUUCUUGGACUCAAGCACAGACAGACAGAAAGAAACCAAUCCUGUUUCAUGAAAAUCUUUAAAAUCUUAUGGGGUCGGGAAACACUCCAUGACCACGCCCACGCCCCUUAAGGACAGAGAAAAGAGGUUCUAUGUGCCAAGAACAAUUUAAAUUUUAAAAAAGCGUAGCCCCUGCUGUAAUUGUGCUAUCUUAGUGUGUCGUCUCCCCCAUCCAUGUUUCCCCUUGCACUUAUUUAAAGGAAAGAUAAAAUUACACCAAUAUUGCUAUUAUGAGUUGUUUCAGUCUUCUUAUCUCCUGCCACCGUCAAAGUCUGUGUACAGUUUGUGGAUUCUAUGUGUAUACAUUUGUGAAUGUGUGAUAUAUAUAAUGUCCAGUGCUAGAAAUAAAUACUCUGUACAAAAAAGAAUUAAAAGCACUAGACACA